AUGUUGGAUACGUCCACGGAUGCUGAUGUAAUUAUUUUUAAUAUUGCCACAGCCCUGGCGGCUCUAUUCCUCCUCGAGUUUGGGGCUGAUAAAUUCAUCGAUCACACGGCUGUAGUUGCGCGUCGUACGGGGCUUCCUGAGACCGUCGUUGGGCUCCUUACAGCCGGCGGGGAGUGGGAAGAGCUGGCGGUUGUUGUCGCGUCCCUGGCGCGGGGCCGCUCAUCCCUAGCCAUGGGCAACGUGAUCGGCGCCGCCAUCUCCAAUAUCUUGAGUGCCUUCUCGCUCGGCCUGCUAUCCUUUGAGACAGGGAGGGCGGCCCAAUUUGACAGGAGCGCGCGGAUAUACUCGCUCGUGCUACUCGUUCUGACGACCUUCGUCAUACCAAUUCUCUAUUUUCCAACGCAUGUCAUCUGGGAGGUGUGCGGUCCUGUUCUUAUCGCCACGUUUGGAAUCUAUCUUCUGCUCGUAGGCUUGGCCAUUGGCCGAGGGGUCCUUACGGCACCCGAAGAUUCCGACAGUGAUAGUGACAGCGACGCAGAGAGUGACGCUGGCGCUACAGAGACAGAUCCGCUCAUCAACCCUCGCGUGCCAAAGGUGAGAGCCGCUAGCCCAGGCCACCACCGAGAAGCCACACCUCAACCUGUUCCGUCGCGGCGCCGCAGACGCCGCACUCUCGGAUAUCAUGGCCUCUACCUACUAUUCGGAUUCAUCGCCAUCUGUCUCGCCGGCUACAUCCUCUCCCAAGCAGCAGCAAAUAUCACGGACUACGGCUACCGCGGCCGCCCUGGCAUUCUCGUCGCGAAUUGCGUCGGCAGUAACAUCUUCCUUCUAUUGCUGUAUGUUGGCAUUGUCAUAGUUAACACUACGGGUGCUCUGGAUGGAGGCAACGUGACGAUGCCAGAACUGGUAGCUCUUUGGGGGUCGACACUAGGUUUAACCCUAACAGUCUGGUUUGGAGCCAGGUUUUGCCGCUGGAUUGGCGUGGCUAUGUUGGUUGGCUAUAUUAUUUUCAUUGUGCUCGAGGUCACAGUUAUCCACCGUGUGGCGAAUUAG